AGAAUAAAAUUCUUUAGAAAACGAGUUAUAUUUAUUCUGUGCGGAACAGAGAAAAAUGUUUGUAUUCCGCCGCCGCUUUAACUUGAAUAAGGUCGCGAAUUAUUUUCUUCAAGAGCAUUCUAAUAACAACAAAAUUAUGGGAACUUCAUCAUCAAGAUCCUUUUCGCCUAAAUGUGGAACAAGUAAAAAUGAAAAUGAAAAUCGUGGGACAAUAUCACGAACUGAAUCAACAAACCAUUAUGUGGAAUCUGUAGUUUGCAAAGAAAAUGAUCUCAAGGAAAAUGAGAUGAAAGUAUUUGAUAUAGGAGAGGAGGGCAAAGUUUUGCUGGUUAAACAGAAAGGAGAAUUCAGUGCAGUGGGCACUAAGUGUACACAUUAUGGAGCUCCACUUGUGACUGGAGCCCUAGGAGAUGGUAGGGUGAGGUGUCCCUGGCACGGGGCAUGCUUUAAUUUGAAAACUGGUGAUAUAGAAGACUUCCCCGGUUUUGAUUCUUUACCAUGCUACCAAGUUACUGUGACAGAAAAAGGAGAAGUUAAAGUGCGCGCUAAAAUAUCUGAUUUAAAAACCAACAAGAGAUCAAAAGAUAUGGGAUCAAGAGCGCCAUGCGACGACACUUCGGUAGUGAUCAUCGGCGGAGGUCCGUCUGGCGCCACUUGCGCUGAAACUCUACGUGGCGAGGGCUUCAAGGGACGCAUCACUAUUGUCGCUAAAGAGAACUACCUUCCUUACGACAGAAUCAAAAUAUCCAAAAUAACAACUCCCACAGAUAUAGAGAAACUACAAGUCAGGAAUCAAGAAUAUUAUACGGACGCAAAUAUAGAUAUCCUUAAAGGCGUCGAAGCGACGAAACUCGAACCGCAAGCGAAAGUAGUUCAUCUGAGCAACGGCAAAAAAUUACCUUACAGUACAGUUUAUAUUGCAACUGGGUGCAAACCACGCGUUCCCGAUGUCCCAGGCAUAGAUUUGAAAAAUAUAUUCACAGUUAGAAAUUACGAGGAUUCAGUAAAUAUCCUCAAAGCUCUAGGUUCAGAUAAAGACAAGAACGUGGUCGUUCUCGGCCUGAGUUUUAUCGGGUUGGAGGCAGCGGCGUCUUGCACACAAGCUGCUAAGUCUAUGACGGUCGUCGGCAAGGACACUGAACCCCUCGGAUUAAUAUUCGGACCGGAAAUCGGCAAGAGUCUAAGAAAACUAUUCGAAGAGAAGAAUGUUCAAUUUCAUUUCGAAACAACGAUAACUAAAUGUAACGGCGAAAAUGGUAUGAUAACGUCCGUUGAACUGGCAAAUGGUGCCACACUACCCGCAGACCUGUUGAUUUUGGGUGUGGGAAGCACAUUCUAUACAGACUUCCUCAAAGAUAGUGGUAUCGCAUUGCGGCCGAAUGGUGCGGUUAUUGUAUCAGAUAAAUUGGAGACUAAUAUCAAAAACGUUUACGCUGGCGGCGAUAUAGCUUACGCACCCGUGUUCGCUCAUAACAAUGAACAAAUGGCCAUUGGACAUAUAGGUCUUUCCCAGUAUCACGGCAAAGUUGCCGGUCUUAACAUCUUGAAGAAGGAAACUCAACUCAAAACUGUGCCAUAUUUCUGGACCAUGCUCUUUGGGAAGUCUAUACGGUAUGCUGGGUGCGGUAAACCAUUUAGCACACAAAUAGAGGGAGAUAUUGAUGCUUUAAAAUUUGUUAUAUUUUUCUUUGAUAAGUCGGAUAAAGUAAUCGCCGUGGCGUCUUGCAUGCGAGAUCCUGUAGUCUCUCAAUUCGCAGAACUUGUAUAUCAAGGUAAAUCUUUAUACAAGAAGGAUCUAAAGGAUGAUCCUUUUGCAUGGACGAAGAGUUGUUAAGAGUUUCAGUAUUAUUUUGGUAUUAUCAGAUUAAUUGUAGAAUUUCAUGUUGUAAAAUAUGGUGGCGUCUAGCACGAAUAUUUGUGAUAAAUGCCAUGAUAUCGUCAUUGAUAAAGUUUGUGCAAAGUACACCAAAAAUCUUAUUAUAUCAGUACAAAGGCUCUUAUCGUAAACAUUCGUGCUUGGCCCAAGGUUCUUUUCUAUAUCGUUUUAAUUU